GAGUCCUUAUAUGUUUCAGAACAAAUGGAUCGUGGUUAGUUGUCUUGUCAUCAGGUUAGUAAAACAAAAAUAAAGAAUAGAUAAAAACAUGGAAACUUAAUCGUAAUUUCCUCCGCUUUUAGACCGCCUGCCGACAUCUGCACGUCUUGUUUUUUGCUGUUUUAUCGCUGAUAGUUCCAAUCGUCGUUGCCAUCUCAACUGUUUAGUUUUGAUUGUGAACGAGUCUUUACGUCUAACCAACAGGUCGGAAACUAAUGCAAGCCUCCACAUAACUAUCCGCUAACGACAACUCGUCACGGAAGAGGUUCGUGGUUAUUCUUUUCAAAGACGAGCUUAGUUUUCCUUGCUAGCAAAGCAAGACUUCUGUGGCUUGAGAAGCAUGUCGGCAGCUAACAGACAAGGAAGCGCGGAGAACAUGCUUUCCCGGCUAAGAGGCUCCCUCAAAACCCGAGCUGCUGGCAACGAAAACCAGGAAAACCUUGCACCCAAACAAGCCGGAGGCCGGACGGUGCUGGGAGCCCUGCAGAACAACCAAAGGAGCAAAACCCAGAACCAACGCGGCGCAAAGCAGGAGUCCUCACAGCUCCCAUCUUGUAAGAAUGAAGACUUCAGCAAGAGCUGCUUUGACAAGCCGGCCACCAAACCGCCCGCUUUCCAAAUCCACUUGGACGAGCCUGAUGGCGCCUGCACCAAAAAGCAGUUGCCUGACACGUUAAAAGCGAAGCCCACCGCGGAGGAGAGCCUUCCCCUGGCCAUCAGCAAUGCGGUCGCACGCCUCCGGCAGCCCCUGGCCACCAUCGAUGUGCCCGCCGCCAUGGACGUCAGCUUCGAUUCUCCCAUGGACAUGUCUGUGGCUGAGGGGGAGGAGAAGGCUGUCAACGUAAACGAGGUCCCAGAAUAUGCAGCUGAAAUCCACACGUACUUAAGGGAGAUGGAGGUGAAAACCAGACCUAAAGCGGGCUACAUGAAAAAGCAGCCCGACAUCACAAACAGCAUGAGGGCCAUCCUGGUGGACUGGCUGGUCGAGGUGGGAGAAGAGUACAAGCUGCAGAACGAAACGCUUUACCUGGCCGUCAACUACAUCGACCGCUUCCUGUCCUCCAUGUCUGUGCUGAGGGGCAAACUUCAGCUGGUGGGGACGGCCGCCAUGCUCCUGGCUUCGAAAUUUGAAGAGAUCUACCCUCCUGAAGUGGCAGAGUUUGUUUACAUCACAGACGACACCUACACCAAGAAGCAAGUGCUAAGAAUGGAGCACUUGGUGCUCAAAGUGCUGUCCUUUGACCUGGCAGCGCCAACAAUAAACCAGUUCCUCACUUAUUACUUCUGCAACCAGGCUGUCGGCAAACGGGUGGAGAACCUGGCGAUGUACCUCGGGGAGCUCAGUCUGGUCGACUCGGACCCCUUCCUGAAAUACCUCCCAUCACAGAUGGCGGCAGCAGCCGUGACCCUGGCAAAUCACACCGUGAACGGUGGCUCAUGGCCCAAGUCCCUGGAGGAGAUGACCGGCUACACGCUGGAGGACCUGCUGCCGUGCAUCGGAGAUCUUCACCAGACCUACCUGGGCGCGGCCCAGCACGCUCAGCAGUCCGUCCGGGAGAAGUACAAGGGCUCAAAGUACCUCGAAGUUUCGUCCGUUGACGCACCAGCAAAGCUGCUGUUGGUCUGACCCUGUUCCUCCAACGUAGAAGGGCACCGUCUGACUCUAACUUUUUUGUUUUUUGUGUGUAAAUGAUGUGCCACAGUUUGAACAUACCCUGCUCCUUUUGGAGUAGCGGCAGAUAUUUUAGAAAUUUUAAUAUUUUUAUAUUCUAAAUCCCAGUGUUCAUGUCAGGCCACUGCCGGUUUCUGGCUAAUCAAGCAGUUUUUACACGUUUGACUUCUAAUCGGACGAAUCCAGAGGCCUGCUCGGCGCACGGACCUGAUCUCCAGCUGAAUGUACUCCGGAGACUGCAGCUAUUCUCAGAGUCUGGUGGCAGUUACACUUUUUUUUUGUUUUUGUUUUUCCAGGGUGUAACAUUUGACCUCUUAAGAUGCAGAUUAAAACCCGUUUGUCUGUCGGAGUCAUCUGUCUCGUUACAUCGGUGCCUUCUUUGAAGUGAAUGACUUUUGAGGCAUCAUCUGCACUGUAAAAUAUGGCUCUUGUAAAUAAACCCUUUAAAGUAAGA